UCCCCCUCCUCCUCCUCCUCCUCCUCCACCUCCUCCUCCUCCUCCCCCUCCUCCUCCUCCCCCUCCUCCUCCCCCUCCUCCUCCUCCUCCCUCCUCCCCCUCCUCCUCACAGCGCAGGGAACAGUCGAGAAACUGGAGACAGGAAACUGGGUCAGGAAGCUUCCGGGACGAAAGACAAUUUGA